UGCUUCUCCCUGAUUCCUUCCCAGAACACAAUUCUUUUCCAAAUAUUUGUAGUCAAGCCGCCAAAGUGGAGAGUGUUGUUGCACCAGGGGUUCCUUCUCAUUUCAGAGUAGGGGGAGGAGGUGGGGGUGCACCUCAGCACUUUCCCAAGGCUGAAAGCAAAAGCGAGUUCCUGGGGAAGGCCCCAGGUUCUGCCGCUCAGAGAUGGAUACCUUCUCGAAGCACUAGGCGAGAGGCCAGCGUCUCUGCUGAGAAAGGACAGCACGAUGCAAUCUUCAGAAAAGUGAGAGGCAUUCUUAAUAAGCUGACACCUGAGAAGUUUGACAAACUGUGCCUGGAGCUCCUCAAUGUGGGUGUGGAUUCCAAGCUUGUACUGAAAGGAAUUAUCUUGUUGAUUGUUGAUAAAGCCCUUGAAGAGCCCAAGUACAGUCAGUUAUAUGCUCAGCUAUGUCUACGCCUGGCAGAAGACGCACCAAACUUUGAAGAUCCAGCAACAGAAAAUCCUGCAACAAAAAAGCAGAAUACGACCUUCAGAAGACUUCUCAUCUCCAAGCUUCAAGAUGAGUUUGAAAAUCGUGCCAGAAAUGUUGAAGUCUUUGACAAACACGAUUGCCCUCUCACCUCUGAGGAGGAGGAACAGCGUGCCAUUGCAAAGAUUAAAAUGCUUGGCAACAUCAAAUUCAUCGGGGAACUUGGGAAGCUCCACCUUAUCCACGAGUCCAUCCUCCAUAAAUGCAUCAAAACACUUCUCGAAAAGAAGAAGAGAGUCCAAAUUAAAGAUAUGGGAGAAGACCUGGAAUGCCUCUGUCAGAUAAUGAAGACGGUGGGACCAAAACUUGAUCAUGAAAAGGCUCGGUCCCUGAUGAAUCAGUACUUUGACCGGAUGCAGGCCUUGACCAACAACAAGGAUUUACCUGCAAGGAUUCGUUUCCUGCUGCAGAACACAGCAGAGCUGCGAGCGAACAACUGGGUGCCUCGCAAAGCUUAUUUUGACAACGGACCAAAAACCAUCAGUCAAGUUCGCCAGGAUGCCGUAAAGGACUUGGGUGUCUUCAUUCCACCUCAAUCUGAUGGGUCACGGUCUGACUUUUUCAUGGAUCAUGCUUUCCUGGACAAUUCUUUUCUACAUACCAGGGUCAGGUUUGACAAGGAAGGGCUCGGGGGCCUGUCUGAUAUGUUUGGACAAAUGCCCGGAAUUGGAAUUGGAACAGGUCCCGGCGUUAUUCAGGACCACUACUCCCCAACUUUGGGCCGCCACCGCUCCAACCCAAUUUUCAAUGGCCAUAUUGGGAUUAACAGUUUGCAUCAGGCCCCGUUUGACACAGGAAGCAAGCCUUUUAUCAAGCCAAUGCAGGGUCAGAGUUCACCAGUUUUCAGCCAUAAACAGAAUGGUUCGGUUCAGAUGCAGUCUAAGGAUAUGGGCCCGCGCUUCAGCAAGAAAGGGAAGCUCAACGUUGAUGAGAUCAGCCUGAGGCCAGCACAGUCAUUCAUCUUGAAUAAAAAAGUGCCAAAGCUGCAGCCACAGAUGACGAUGAUGCCUCCAAGUGCCCAAGGUUCCUUAACGGGACAGUCCCCACAGCUCGGUCUUAAAACCAGUCCCCCACCGAUUCAGGAAAAGCCCGCAAAGUCCAACAAAAAACUACCUCCCACUAAGGAAGAGCUGCAGAAAAUGACAAACACACUUAUUGCUGACUAUAUGAACAACAAGAACGUCAGUGAGGCUGUAGCCGCUGUGAAGGAGAUGAAGGCUCCUAAACACCUUUUAUCUGAGAUGUUGAACAAGAUCGUGGUGUCUACGCUUAGUCGUUCAGAUGAUGAUAAGGAACUUGCGAGCGCCCUGAUCCACGAGCUCUGCACAGAGGGCCUUGUCACAAGCGAGAACCUUCUGCAGGCCAUUCUGAGCGUUUUGGACCAGUGUCCCAAGAUCGAGGAAGAAGUCCCUCUGGUGAAGUCGUACCUGGCUCAGUUUGCGGCCCGGGCCGCCGUCGCUGACCUCAUCAGCGUGACGGAUCUGGCCCACCAGCUGGAGAACGGCGCCCAUUUCCCGCUCUUCCUGCUCUGUCUGCAACAGAUGGCCAAACUGAAGGAUCGCGAUUGGCUCGCCGAUCUCUUCCAGAAGAGCAAGGUUAACAUGCAGAGCAUGCUACCCGAAAUGGACCAGAACAAGGACCGAAUGCUGGAGAUUCUGGAGGGCAAAGGGCUGAGCUUUCUAUUCCCACUGAUGAAGCUGGAGAAGGAGCUUCUGAAGCAGAUCAAAGUGGACCCGUCUCCACAGUCCAUCUACAAGUGGAUUAAAGACAACAUAUCUCCCAAACUCCACACCGACAAAGGCUUUGUCAAUAUCCUGACAACCAGUUUCUUGCAGUACAUCGCCUACGAGAUAAACCCCGACGACGACGAAGAGCAGCUGGCGGCGCCCAGCAAGGAGCAGCUGGACGAGGAGAAGCAGCUGCUGCUCUCGUUCAAGCCCGUCAUGCAGAAGUUCUUGCACGACCACGUCGAGCUCCAAGUCAGCGCGCUCUACGCUCUGCAGGUCCACUGCAAUGCGAAACAGUUCCCGAAAGGCAUGCUGCUGCGCUUCUUUGCCUACUUUUACGACAUGGAAAUCAUCGAAGAAGAAGCCUUCCUGACAUGGAAAGAAGACGUCACCCAAGAGUAUCCCGGCAAAGGGAAAGCGUUGUUUCACGUAAACCAGUGGCUCACCUGGCUGGAGACUGCCGAAGACGAGGAGUCGGAGGAUGAAGAUUACUAAGACCCCCACCCCGCCCCUAUGUUGGAAUCUUGAUUCCUUUUAUUAUUAAUAUUACUUUGUCCUAUUUCGCCUCCGUCGACAACAACGCCGCUGUUACUAAUCUUGACUUAAACCAGCGUCAACGCGUCAUCAUGUUGAAAGAUGUAAUUCGUCAAGUCUCGUUUGGAAUUGAUUUAGCGUUUAGUGUUAGCGGGUUUUUUUUUUGUUUUGUCCCCCCCCCCCCCCCCACGAACAUAGACACACGGUUUCAUAAUCAGGUCGCGGUCAUCACGCGCUGCUCGUUUACACGCAUUGUAAAGAGACUGAUUUUUAUCCGUUUUUAGAUGCACUUUGCUGCACAUCAUGAGUCGUUGCAAUAGUACACCUUACAUACACCUUCAUGUUUAUCAUGAGCUGAGUUGCAGAUUAUUUUUGGGGGGGGGUGGUGGUGUCAUAAUUGUGCUCGACAGCUCUACGGAAGCUCCCCCGGUUUCCUUUUUGGAUUUGACACCAGGCGGCCAUUUUAAUGUCCACACAUUAAAAUGUGCUUGUGGCCACAAGAGGGGAGCGUCAGACGGUUGCCAUUUUUAAUUUUUUUCUAAACGAUGCAUUUUGUUUUUGCUUUUAGAGGGUGUUUAUCUAUUUGAUGCUUGUAAAAUUACUUUUGAUGACAGGUAUUAUUUUUUUUUUUUUUCGUUUGUUUUUACAUCAAGCAUUUGGAGUGUGGAUGUUUUUGUGCUGUAAUAAUAAAUCUGUUGCCUUUUUUUAAUUUA